CUUGCUAUUGUCCGAUCUAUUCUCAAGAACUUGACCGUGCCGACUCAAACACACGAUGAAGGUCUCGAAGCUCGUCACUUUGCUUGCGGUUGCAGGAAUACCUGUCCUCUGCAAGAAAAGGAAGUCUAGCACUACAUCUUCGAAAAUAGUUGGAACUACCACCAUCCUCGAUGCCACUACGACCGCUGCUCCUGCUAUUGUCACCACUGCUUCAUCAGAGAUUCCCACCAACACUAGUGCUGCCGUUGAUUACUUCACAGUCACAUCUUUGACCCCAGAGCAGGUAAGUACCCAACCAAUACUCGGCGUUUAGUCUCUGAUUAUGGCAGAUUGAUGUAGCAAGCGAUGCUUUUAUGAGCUACCUUGACUCACUUGGAUCGUCUCCAGAGUACGCGUCUGUCUUCGAUAACCUGGCGACCGAACAACUUGACGCCACGGCUAUCAACGACCUUUUUACGCAGACUGUGCCUGGAUCUUCGGCUUUCAGCACCAAGUUGGGCAGCUUUUUAGCUUUGUAUCCAACCUAUGCGCGAUCGAUGUUGAGUAGUAUGGCCUAUGCUGUAGUGAGCAUAGGAUCCGAAGCUGUGAAUGCACCAGGGACAGCCACAGUGUCUGUGACAUCGGAUACAACAGCAUUCAUGACCAGUGGAACCUUGAUUGUCCCCACAUCCUCGGGAUCUUCAACGACUCUCAAGACGAAAAAACACAGUACUAUUACUUCUCGCGCUGUGCUACCACGAAAAACUGCGAAG